GAAGGAAUGAAACUUAUCAGUUGUUGAAUACUGAGACAGACUGUUAUUAGCAGUAUUAUUUUUUUAUAUUCUGAAGAUGGAAUUUCAGAUGUCUUAUUUACUCAUCCUAGCAUGUAUCCUCAGUGGAUGUUCUGCGGUUAAAAUUACAAAUAAAGAAACUGUCUCUGCUUUGGCUGGUAGCAGUGUGACUCUAAAAUGCAGCAUCUCGCAAGAAAAAGGAACCCAUAUAACACAGAUUCAGUGGUCUAAGUCUGCUGAUGGUCUAUCAAGAAUAAUAGCUGUAUAUAACCCUCUCUAUGGUACAAAAUAUUUUGAAGCGGCCUACAACAAUUCAGCAACUUUUGAGAAAGGCUUCCAUGAUUGUUUGACUGACUUCAGCAGGACUUCCAAACAGGAUAUUUCUUUAGCAAACAACCUAGAAUGCAACAACUGGAUUCUACAACUGAAGAAUGUCACACUUGAGCUCUCUGGCUCCUAUGAAUGUAUCUUUACCACAUUUCCAGUUGGAACAAGUAGCUCAAAAAUACGCCUUUUUGUUAAGAAAAGAGAUUACAAGAAUUCUGUGUUACAAGCUUUACUCAAUGAGACCUUAGAAAUUCCAUGCGUGAACGGUAUGCCUCAUUAUAUAAACCUGACAAAUGCUUCUGUAACGUGGUUAUUGCAGAAAGAAAAUGGAAAUGAAGAGAUCCUAAUCAAGAAACCAUCCUAUUACCUUCAAGGCUAUACAGCCAAUCUCACCGUGUACAAGGGCAGAAUCCAAAUGAGUUCAAAAAAUGCGUUAUUGAUUUCUCCGGUGACAGUUAUUGAUGAUGGCAAGAAGUUUGUCUGUUCAAUUGCCACUCUCUCCGGAAGAAUUCAGGAAAGUGCCACUCAAGUGAAAAUAUUUGCAAAACCAGAAAUCUCUAUUGUGUUCCAUACAGAUUCCAAAGGAAAGGCACACUUCACAUGUGUGAUAAAGAAGGCAUAUCCAAAACCAAAACUUAUGUGGUACAUGGGUGGAAAGAUUCUGAAUGAAAAAUCUGAAGGUUUAUUAAUUGAAAAUAAAAAUAUAAACCGGGUAGGAAGUUUUUAUGAAAAGACAUCAGUCUUGUCAAUAUGGAAUAUAACUCAUUCAUCCAUUAAUAAGGCCUUCAAAUGCAUGUCUGCAUAUCACUUCAGUAGAAAUGACAGAUGGAAAUUUUCAUCUAAAGAAAUACUUAUUCCUCAUGGAUUUCAGAAUACAUCAUUGGCAUAUUCAGAAUUCAUUAGUCACAUUACUACCAUUUCAAAUUCACCCCCAGAAAGGUUACAGACUACACUUUCUGAAGCCUCAGAACUAACACCCAUACCAGAUUCCUCUUCAGAAAAACACUUGCAUUCUACUAAAACCCUACAAAAUGAUACUACUACGAAGUUAUUCAGUGAUUCCACAGUACCCCAAAAAAUCUUGCAUUCUACCAAACCCCUGCAAAGUAGUACUACUGCUAUGUUUCUCCGUGACUCUACAGUACCACAAAAAUCCUUGCAUUCUAUGCAACCCCGGCAAAAUGAUACUAUUAUUACAUUGUUCGGUGAGACCAUGGUACCUCAAAGUGAUUCCACAAUACCACAAAGUUCUGCAAUGGUUCCAAAACACAAGACAUUUCCCUGGCCAGGAGUUGUGACAUUUCUGCUUCUCUUCUGCACAUGCUUAAUCAUUUGUGGGGUCAGAAAAUGGUGUCAGCAUCAAAGAAAAAUUAUGAAUAAACCUCCGUCUUUCAAGCCACCUCCUCCACCAGUUAAGUAUUCCUCCAUCCAAGUCUAUAAUGAAAUUUACUCAUCCGGUGAUGAAUUGGAAAAUCUGAAAUCGGCCUGAAAAUCUAUAAUGAUCCAGCAUCAAAUGGCAUGCUUAUAGUGUAUGGCUUUUAUAAUAAAUGGCAAGCAUUCAGCGGUAGUGACGCACAUUCCCAUUUGGACCGCUUAAUGUUGUAUUUGUGCUAAAGUGUAUGACAUUUAGCACAUUCACAAACCCAGAUUGCCUUUUGUAAUUGGCACGUAAUGAAAUCAAACAUAUGGCAAAUGAGAGCUACUGAGCCUCUGCAGGGGAACAUUGCGUCUGUAUUCAAUAUACAAAUGUAAUUCAUUUUGUUUGUUUGAAAGACUAUGAAUGCAUGAGCUAUAUGUAUGAUAUUGAUAAUCUCAACUAUGUUUCUUUACAUCUUAUAGCUUACAUCAGAGGUGGGUUUCAGCAGGUUCUGACUAGUUCUGGAGAACCAGUAGCGGAAAUUUUGAGUAGUUCAGAGAACUGGUAAAUACCACCUCUGACUGGCCCUGCCCCCAUCUAUUCUCUGCCUCCUGAGUCCCAGCUAACUGGGAGGAAAUGGAGAUUUUACAUUAUCCUUCCCCUGCCACGGCUACCAAGCUACGCCCACCAAGCCAUGCCAUACCCACAGAACUGGUAGUAACAAAUUUUGAACCCCCCACUGUCUUACAUGCUUGCUAGAGUGGAGAUGCUUGCAGGAGUUACCUGUUUUUUUCAGGCAGUGGCCUAAAAUGAGAAAGCUGCAUUAUUGUGUAUGAAUAGAAAGCAUCAAUAAUAAAUUAGGCACAAAUGCAAAGAUUCCAUUAGGGAAUUCAUUUCCACUAGCUGUAUGGUCAAAUAAAUAGAUUUACAUAAAACUGAGAAUGAAAGACACAAACUUCAAUAGAAGAGAAUAUGUUUAUCUCAGAGUUGAACUGUGGAGUCCUUGGUGCUCUUUGAGCCUGAUUAUUUGUUUGCAGAUGUUGCAUUCGGUAACUUCAUCACUUCAAGUAAUCCUCAACUUACAACAAUUCAUUUAGUGACCAUUCAAAGUUACAACAGCAUUGAAAAAAGUAACUUAUGACUAUUUUUCACAUGAUUGUUACAGCCCCUCCUUAGUCAUGUGAUCAACAUUCAGAUGCUUAGCAACUCACUCAUAUUUAUGACGGUUGCAGUGUCCCAGGGUCAUACAAUUCUGCCACCUUCUGAUAAACGAAGUCAAUGAAGAAGCCAGUUUUACUUAACAACCAUGUUGCUAACUUAGCAGCUGCAGUGAUUCAUUUAAGAACUAUGGCAAAAAAUGGCAUAAAAUGGGUUAAAACUCACUUAGCAAGAGAAAUUUUGGGCUCAAUUGUGGUCGUAAGUCGAAGACUACUUGUAUUGUGAGCUUUGCUUCCUGCUUAUAUGCACUACCGCCCAAGCAGAAGCAGCCAAGCUGGAAGCAAAGCAAGUGCAGCGGCAUCUCUAAUCCCUUCCAAGGGGUGCUCACGGCCCCCUCCGUGACUCCUCUGGUGUCUUGGCCGGGUUAUUUGGACACUUACAAGCGAGCGCAGCUAAAGACGCUGCUGUCUCAUGUCAGCUGUCCCCAGGAAAAAAGGCACAUUGACCUCAAGAGACCCCAUCGGCAAGAGCUAUGUGGCCGCUGUAAAGGCAAAAGAUUAUCUUGCAACAACACCUACAGCUUCAAAUACAUUGUUUGAUCUAUGCAGUUUGUGUGCUGAGGUUGCAUUUAGCUAUGCACUUUGUUUCAUAAUAUGGUUUUGACUUUAGGAUUCUGACCUGACAAUAGAUAAUGGACUAAAGAUGUUUGCAAUGCUAAGAAUGAUUUGUAAUUUAUCACUGUACUGCCUAAUUAAUAAAACUUAAAUUCAAAAAAAAGAAAAGAAAAGAAAAGAAAGGAAAAUCAUCCCCCACCCCACUCAUUCCAGUUAAAUGCAUGUAGAGUUAUAGGGUUUGUUUUAAACAGAUAACUGUGCUGUUCAUUAUCAAAACCAAGUGGAAGUCUGGACAUGGCUGAUCCUGAUGCUGAUAGGCAGAGGCAGAAUUCUUUUUUUCUUGUUUCCUCCCCCCUCAAAAUUAAGGUGCGUCUUAUACAUUAUGCAUCUUAUAGGCUGAAAAAUAGGGUAUGCAACCAUCCAGAGUUGAACAGGAAAGGAUUGUGAGUGGACAUGACAUAUAUGUUGCAUUUGUUUUAAAUCUAAGACA